AUGACAGAACAAGGAACCGUUCGUAACACAACUUGGGUGUUCAAGACCCCGCCUACUGCCCUGAUUGAGCCGGGCGUGACAACCGCGAUCGAGAAUCGGCCUGUGCAGCUCGUAGCACCCCCCGGCGGCGUGGUCGUCAAGCUUCUCGUCGCUGGGCUCGAUCCUCACCAGCGAGACCGUAUGCGCGGUGCCGGAAACGUGGACUAUGUCCCAGGCUACGAGAAGGAUAAGCCGAUCACCAACUUCUCCAUUGGCCGGGUCAUUCAUUCCGACACAAGCGCCUUUGAACAAGGUUGUCUGAUUGCCGGAAGUCUGCCCAUUGCCGAGUACGCUGUUCUGCCCCCUGAGAUCUUGAACUUUCGAAUGAUGUCCACCCCUGCCGUGUGGAAGGUGACCAACGCCUACCAGCUGGACCUCAAGCACUACGUCGGCGCGCUAGGCCUGGCGGGCAUGACCGCAUGGAAUGCCUUUUACGGCCUGGUCAAGCCGGUUGCGGGCCAGACAGUCUGGGUCAAUGCAGCGUCCAGCUCGGUGGGAGAAGUGGUGGUGCAGCUAGCCAAGAUAGAGGGGAUGCGGGUGAUUGCAAGUGUGAGCUCGGAUGAGAAGCUGGCAUACGUGGUCGACGAGCUGGGCGCCGAUGCUGGUUUCAACUACCGGCGGGAGCCAAUCGAUGCGGCGCUGAAGCGUCUAGCGCCGGAGGGAUUGGACGUGGUGUUUGAGAACGUGGGAGGGGAGCACUUACAGGCAGCCAUCGAAAGCAUGAAGUGGUUUGGGCGGAUAAUCAGCUGCGGCGCAGCGUCCCAGUAUAACAAGCCACCCGAUGAGCAGUACGGCGUUACUAACACCUCCGAGCUCUUCCGUCGCCGCAUCACGAUCCAAGGAUUCAUGUUCUGGGACGAGAACAUCUACAAGGCCAACAUCUUCAACUUCUUGAUGUGGAUGCCGAGAUGGAUCGCAGAGGGCAAGAUCAAGUCGCGAUACACCGUCUUCGAGGGAAUCAACCAGGCAGAGAGGGCCUUUCUGUCCAUGUUUACAGGCGGCAGCUUUGGCAAGACACUGUUGAGAAUUGGCGAGGAAUGA